AUGAUGAUUCCUCUUGCUCUCUUCUCCGGUGCCGUUUUUCUAUUCUUUAUGCCUUUCUACAGUUGGGGCAAAUCAUCUGAUUUGAUGAAUCUCUCCCUUAAGAUCCAUGAAAUUGAAGUAGUUGCUGAGUUUCCUCAUGACCCUGACGCUUUCACUCAGGGACUUCUUUAUGCUGGAAACGAUACACUGUUCGAGUCGACUGGUUUAAACGCGAAGUCUUCAGUGAGGAAAGUGGCUCUACGAACAGGGAAGGUUGAAGUUAUUCAACAAAUGGAUGAUUCAUACUUUGGAGAGGGUUUAACACUCCUUGGAGAAAGGCUCUUUCAAGUCGCAUGGUUGACGAACACUGGUUUCACAUAUGACCUUCACAACUUAACCAAAGUAAAACCAUUUAAACAUUAUAUGAAAGAUGGAUGGGGACUGGCUACCGAUGGAAAAGUGUUGUUUGGGAGCGAUGGCACUUCUACACUAUAUCGGAUGGACCCUCAAACAAUGAAAGUUACUGAUAAGCAUACGGUCAGAUAUAAUGGCCGUGAGGUACGUUACCUUAAUGAACUCGAGUAUAUAAACAAAGAAGUCUGGGCAAACGUGUGGCAGUCCGAUUGUAUUGCUAGAAUUUCACCAAAGGACGGAUCACUGCUUGGAUGGAUAUUGCUUCCCAAAUUAAGACAAGGAUUGCUGAAAUCUGGACACAUGGGUAUCGAUGUCUUGAACGGCAUAGCAUGGGACAGCGAGAAGCAGCGCCUCUUUGUAACGGGGAAGCUAUGGCCGAAGCUGUACCAAAUCAAGCUCAAACCGGCAUCAGAAAAGAGCCAGAAACGUAUAGAGCGACAAUGUGUGGUGUAA